GAGCUACUGACAAGUCCAAAUUCGUCAUUUUAAACAAAGUUUUAUAUAUUGAAUUGAAUUGUGUAAUUUGUUAAUUUGGAUACAAUGUUUUUCUUCUAAAUCACCUCGUUUAUCUAUUGCCGAUAGUCCAGAAUAUCUGGGUGACAAUUUGCAAAAUCUAAACAAUAUUCCAAAAUGGAACUCACUACGCUUAUUUCGUUGUUUAUCUAUCGCCAUAAAAUUGAUAUCAAGAAUAACCAUGAAACCUAUGACUGGAUUAUCAUCAUGUUGGCCCAUUUCGGCCACAUUGUCCGUUGACCAUAACCAAGUGUUUGGCUAUUGUUCAGAACCACCAUCAUUUGAUUUGGAUUGCUGUCUCAGUAGUGAUGAUGGUGAUCAUAAACACACUGAUAAUGAUGAUAGCACCUAUCUUGAUUUUGACCUGAUCAACUACACGGACAGUCAAUUGGAACAGGUCAUCUUUGACCCAAUUAACAACAAUGAGGAUCUUUGCCAUGGAUUCGGCAACCUUUCGUUCGUUGGCCUGUUGAAACAAGAAGAUUUCGAUUUCAUCAACAUCAAACCAAGCCAAGACCUCUGCUCACCAGAUAUCGGUCCAUAUUCGCCCAGCAUAUUUGCCACCACAACACUUGAUAAGGACGAAUGUCCACAAUCUCCAUUGAUCACAAGCCAAUGGCCAGAAGAUGACGAAUGUCAUGGACAAUUGGAUUCGGAAUCAUUUCCACAUUCAUUGGAUGUGGCCAACUAUGAAGAAGUUUGCACAGAUUCUCCUUUCUACUCGUCAUUCACCGACAUGGCAGCAGUUGAAUCAGAACAGUUAUUGCAGCAGCAGCAGCAACAACAGGAUCAUCAUCAUGAUGAUGGGGACGACCAAAGCCUUGCAUCGUUUGUGACCAUUACGACCAAUUCAUCGCCAAACAAACGAAAAUCGGUGGACAAAGAUGAAUCUAAAAGCCAAGUGCGAAAGAAACGUCGUGCUUGUCGUCGUGUAUUGGACGACCGAAUCAAACAUCAAAACAAAGUGGCCGCUAUGCGAUACAGGCUAAAGAAACGGGAAGAGAAAACACUCAUGGAUGACCUGUUGGCCAUCGAACAGCAACGUCACAAGCAAUUGUCGGACCAAGAGGAAGAGUUGAACGUCCAAAUCAAAGUGCUAAAAGAGCUGCUGGCCAAAUAUCUAUCGCCUAGAUUGCUUGACAGUCAAAUGCAUCUAACCUAAACAUUGAUUAUAAUCUUCAUUUCAUUAUCAUUGAUAUUUUUGCAGUAAUAAAGUAAAUUUAUAAAUUUA